GAAAUUGUAUCAAUUUAUCAUCAUUUGUAUAGGCAUUGUGGAACAUCAAAUGUACAUAUAAGGGCAUUGGCAUGCAAAAUGCAAGAAAAGUUUGACAAAUACUUUAAGGGCUACAAUAUUCUCUUCGCAAUUGCAGCUGUUUUGGAUCCUAAGUUCAAGUUGUCAUACUUCAAGUAUUUGCUUGGCAAUUUAGAUAAACCUGAUGCAAUAGUGAAAUAUGAAAUUAUAGAGAGCACUCUUCAUGAAUUGUAUGCUGAGUACAGAAAUAUGUAUGAGGAUAGUGACACGUGUGGUUUGGAAAGGGCCAAUGCAUCCACUAGUACCUUGAUUGCAAGGGAAGAGUAUAAAGUGUGUCUAGAUAUGGGUUUAAAACAUGUGUCAACUCUAUAUCUCCUGUAGUGGUUCACACAGAUCUAGACAAAUAUUUGCUUGAUCCAAUAGAAGAAAUUUCACCUACUAUAGAGUUCAACAUAUUAUCUUGGUGGAAGACAAAUGAAAGCAAAUAUAAAAUUCUAGCAAAGAUGGCUCGAGAUGUGUUAGCUAUUCUUGUAUCUACAGUUGCUUCAGAAUCUGCAUUCAGUACAUCAGGAAGAAUUAUUAAUGAUUAUCGAUGUUCAACUACGCCUGAAAGUAUAGAAUCAUUAAUCUGCACACAAAGUUGGAUUCGUGAUGCAAGCAACUUGUGUGAAAGGUAAGAUGUUCAUGCUUCAUAGUUUAUACAUAUUAACAUAAUAGUGUGCUUAAAUUAAUAAGUGUCUUUGUUACAGUUCUCAUGAUGCAGAGCACUGUUUUGACGAGGAAUGUUAAUCAAGUGCAUGCUUAUUAUGAUGGACAUUUCAGUCACUCAAAGAUCUUCUCUUGCACGGGUUUAUGCUUUAUGGAAUGCUACUUCUCUUUCCAACAUCUUGGUAUCUUUCAUUUGUGGCCUUGUUUAUUACGGGUUCCUACAAAAAUCUUCUCAAACUAUGAGUGCUCAGACAUUUGGAAGAAAUAGGGAGGGUGAUGGAUGGUGGGUCUUUCCCGUUGUUCUUUUUCUCUUUAAAUGCACUCAAGCACGGUUUGUGGACUAUGUUUGCAUCCCAAAAUUUUCAUUAGUUUUGGAGUGCUCCAGAAAAAUGAGGUUUUUGUUCUGAAAGAGGAAAGAAAGGGACUCGCCCGUCGGUACGAGGAUUGACCGUUUCUGGUGCCUUUACCGAGGGUA